ACUUCGGAAGGUCUUAUUAGAGCGCUAGAGUGAUUCGAGAACCGUAGAAACAGCAGCCAGCCAGCAACACCAAUUGAGACGCCGUCGCCGUAGGCUCGAAUUUGCAGGUCCGAAACCGGCAAGGUAAUUGGUAUCGCGCCCCCGUCUUCGUUAGCGUAGAAGAAUCACCAGAGAGGUUGCCGCCGCUGCAAAAGCCUUCAUUUAGCUUAGUCACAGAGGUGCAGAAUUUGAGGAAGAAUCGGCGAGUGUCAGCUUCCCUGUGAGCUCCGCCUAGGGCCUAGGGGUUCCUCUUGCUGCCUGUUUGCUGUGAAUGACCUGAGCAAUUGAGUGUCAAUGGCAUCGGUGUAUAUUCCAGUGCAGAACUCCGAGGAGGAGGUGAGAGUUGUCCUGGAUCAGCUGCCGCGGGACGCCUCUGAUAUUAUCGACAUUCUCAAGGCCGAGCAAGCUUCUCUCGAUUUGUGGCUCAUUAUUGCGAGGGAAUACUUUAAACAAGGGAAGGUUGAACAGUUCCGACAAAUAUUGGAGGAAGGAUCAAGUCCUGAUAUUGAUGAAUACUAUGCCGAUGUGAGAUAUGAGAGGAUUGCCAUCCUCAAUGCUCUAGGUGCUUACUAUUGCUAUCGUGGGAAAAUUGAGACAAUACAGAGUAAAAGGGAGGAACAUUUCAUACAGGCUACCAAGUACUAUAAUAAAGCUUCGAGGAUUGACAUGCAUGAGCCUUCUAAUUGGAUUGGGAAAGGUCAGCUUCUACUGGCUAAGGGUGAGCUGGAACAGGCUUCUUCUGCGUUUAGGAUUGUAUUAGACGGAGACCGUGACAAUGUACCAGCUCUAUUGGGUCAGGCCUGUGUUGAGUUUAAUCGGGGUCAUUACAGUGAAUCACUGUCAUUGUAUAGGAGAGUAUUACAAAUAUUUCCUGAUUGUCCUGGACCUGUCAGGCUUGGUAUUGGUCAGUGUCAGUACAAGAUGGGCCACUUCGAAAGAGCCCGAAAGGCAUUUGAUCGUGUUUUACAGUUAGAUCCGGAAAAUGUUGAGGCUCUAGUUGCACUGGCAGUUCUAGACUUACAAACAAAUGAGGCUUCUCGUACUAGGAAAGGGAUGGAAAAGAUGAGACAAGCUUUCGAAAUUUACCCUUAUUGCCCUAUGGCACUCAAUUAUUUAGCCAAUCACUUUUUCUUCACCGGACAGCAUUAUGUUGUUGAGCAACUGACAGAAACCGCACUGGCUGUGACCAAUCACGGGCCCACAAAGUCACAUUCAUACUAUAACUUAGCUCGUUCGUACCAUAGCAAGGGCGAUUAUGCAGCAGCCUUGCGAUACUACAAUCAGUCUGUGAAGGAAAUAAAAGAUAAGGCCAGUGAUUUUGUAUUUCCUUAUUUUGGUUUGGGUCAAGUACAACUAAAGUUAGGAGAUAUUAAUGGCGCGAUGUCAAAUUUUGAAAAGGUUUUGGAGGUUUACCCGGAUAAUUGUGAUACUUUGAAGGUUCUUGGGCAUGUAUAUGCUCAACUUAAUGAGACUGAGAAGGCCCAAGAGGUUUUGAAGAAGGCCACAAAAAUCGACCCUCAUGAUGCUCAGGCAUUUCUUGAUCUUGGGGAACUGUUAAUCAUGUCUGACACAGCCACUGCUCUUGAUGCCUUCAAGACGGCACGCAGUCUUCUGAAGAAGUCAGACCAGGAAGUCUUAGUGGAAGUGCUGAAUAACAUUGGUGUCAUCCAUUUUGAAAGGGAAGAGCUUGAGGUUGCUCUGGAGGCUUUUAAAGAGGCACUGGGUAAUGGUGUAUGGCUCAGAUUCCUUGACGUUAAAAGCAAGACCACUGCAGCUGAUGCUGGUGCAUCGAUUCUUCAGUAUAAGGAUGUGCAACUUUUUAAUCGACUUGAGGCCGAUGGCGUUGAGGUGGAAUUGCCAUGGAAUAAAGUCACGCCUUUGUUCAACUUAGCAAGAUUACUAGAGCAGUUGCACAAUACAGGAACUGCUGGCAUCUUUUACCGUCUUAUAUUGUUUAAGUAUCCAGGUUAUAUUGAUGCCUAUCUCAGGCUUGCUGCUAUUGCAAAAUCAAGAAAUAAUCUUCAAUUAAGCAUUGAACUGGUCAAUGAGGCUCUGAAGCUGAAUAACAAGUGCCCUAAUGCUUUAUCAAUGCUUGGUGAAUUGGAGCUGAAAAAUGAUGAUUGGGUUAAGGCAAAAGAAACAUUGCGUGCUGCUAGUGAAGCAACAGAUGGCAUGAAAGAUUCUUAUGCUACCCUGGCUCUGGGAAACUGGAAUUAUUUUGCUGCCUUGCGUAAUGAGAAAAGGAACCCUAAGUUGGAAUCAACUCACCUGGAAAAAGCCCAUCAAUUGUACACCAAAGUCCUGCUUCAGCAUAAAUCCAACAUUUAUGCUGCCAAUGGAGCUGGAAUAGUCUUGGCAGAAAAAGGUAACUUCGACGUAGCCAAAGAUCUUUUCACGCAGGUCAGGAAGGUGCAAGUGGAAGCAGCUUUUGUGCAGAUGCCAGAUGUCUGGAUAAACUUUGGCACAUGUGUAUUUUGCUCAAGGAAAUAAUGCCUUGGCUAUAAAAAUGUAUCAGAAUUGCUUACGGAACUACUAUCAUAAUACGGACUGUCAAAUUUUCCUCUAUUUGGCACGCACUUAUUAUGAAGCGGAAGAGUGGCAAGACUGCAAGAAAACUUUGCUGCGAGCCAUCCACUUAGCCCCUUCAAAUUAUACACUUAGGUUUGACGCGGGUGUUGCAAUGCAGAAGUUCUCAGCAUCAACACUACAGAAGGAAAAGAGGGAAGCAAAUGAGGUCCGGUCGGCUAUUGUUGAGCUGGAAAAUGCUGUCCGUGUGUUUAGUCAGCUGUCUGCUGGUGCCAACCUCCAGAUCCAUGGCUUUGAUGAGAAGAAAAUAAACACCCAUGUCGACUAUUGCAAACAUCUUUUGGAGGCUGCCAAGGUUCAUCUUGAAGUAGCUGAGCGAGAGGAGCAACAAAAACUACAGAAAGAAGAAGCUGAACGGCAGAUGUCAUUGGCCGAAAAAGUCCGACGCAAGGCUGAAGAACAAAGGAAAUUCCAGUUGGAAAAGCGGAAAAAGGAGGAUGAAAACAAACGGGCCAGGCAACAAGACGAGGACUUUGAGCGUGUCAAGGAACAAUGGAAGAGUAGUACUAGUUCUGCAUCUAAGCGGAAGGAUAGACUGGAUAUUAUUGAUGAUGACGAGGCUGGUGGUCAUAGUGGAAGGAGAAGGAAGAAAGGUGGAGGGAAGAGGAGAAAGAAGGAUAAAAGCUCGAAGUUUUCACAGUUACGAGGAAAUGGAAGAAGGAGAAGCUGAGAUGGAUGGUCAUGAAGGGGAUGAUGGCCAUGGAAGUUACUACAGGGAGGAAAAAGAUCCAGCUCCUCAGGAUCUUCUUGCUGCGGCUGGGCUUGAAGACUCCGAUGCAGAGGAUGAAGAGGCUGCUGCUGCUGCGAUAGCUGCAAGGAGGAGACGGGCAUUGUCAGAAUCCGAGGAAGACGAACCAGCAGAGGAGGAAGGGAAGCAACAACAAGCUGGAAGCCCCGAGUCGGGUGAGAUGCAGGUGAGUGAUGGCGAAGGUGCAGCAGCCUCACAGCAGCACCACCACCAGGACAAUGAUGUUGAUGCCGGCCUGGAUGAUGAAGAUUGAUUAAUAGUGAAUCCGAGCCCCAACCAGUGAAUGACCAAAAAAUACCGUUGGAUCGGUAUCGCAUUUCUAGCUAUAAAACAAUCAGAAGCGGGGCAACUUUCUUCUAGGUUCAGGUAGGUGAGCAGAAGAGGGGAAAGUGCAACUAGUCUAGCCAUUGUAAAUCAACAGAAGUGAGCAAGAUAAGGAUUCAGUAGAGGCGUGAUGGAUGGUUGCAACAUCUUAAUUUGAGGCCACAUUUGUGUGUUUAUUGGGAAAUUUGAUUAUGCCUUGCCAGAGUGAGAUGGAGGAGAAAACUGCACGCAAGGAUCAUCUGCGGCUUUCGGUUAUGCAGCGAAAAGGCGGUGGCGAUGCCAGACCGCCAAUGUCCUAUUUCUCGUCGUUUGCUUUUGGAGUCUGGCUGUUGUAGGCCUCAGAGUUGCGUGUGCAAGGGGAACGGGGUUGUUUUUCUGUUUGUUGCUUUUGUUGUGUUAUUUCUUCACAUUUCUCAGACAAAAUAUCUCACUUCAGUAAUUAUUAUUCCAAGAACACAUAAUUACAAAACCAACAACAACAGAAUAGCAACGAAGUUACGGCCGUCACCACCGAGCUGAAGCUAUGAAGGCCCAUUGCAAGUCUACAAAACUAGAAA